AUGGCCCCUUCGCCCUCGCGCAUCGCGGCCCAAGAGGGUGACGCAUAUGCCGACUCAACAAUGAUCAAGAUGCAGCGGUUGGUCCUCGCGAUGGACCUUUCCCCAGCCGAGCCAGCAGUCAAAGAAUCAUUUCAUGAGACCUUGUGCAAGAAGUCCCUGCAAGAUAUUGCGUGGAUCCAUGCACAGCUUGAUUACGCAAACCCAUUCCCUCUUUCCUCAGAAGAGAUCACGAAGGGUCUCAUCAAUCCAUUUGUGGAGUACGAAAGUUUGCUUCAUGAGAUGCAAGCCUUGAAAGGCCAGAUUGGCCUGCUAAACUCUGACAUUGCUCUGCCUAGCCUUUAUAAUCUCCCAGCCGCUGAAAUCGACAGUCUACCUACACUGAUUCGGAUCAACUUGUUUCGACGGGAAUCACACUUGCCUCUGAUCGAAAACAUUCCUAACCCAUCGAGACUUGCAAAGCCAUUUAUGUGGAGCCCCAGCGAUGUUAUCCCUAAUAGGAUUUCAGAGCUCAAAGACAUUAUCAGGUGGUAUAAAAAGGCCCAUCUGUAUCUGGAGGUUGAAGCAGCCAGAUGCAAAAUUCUCUUGACUAUUCGGCAUCGUGAUCUUCUAGAUAAGCCCGAUAACGGCUUCGCAUCACGCCCGCCUUCUGGUGUCAAACAAAGCCAGAUUUAUGAAGACGACUGUGGUAAACCGGCUACACAAGGUCAGCUCGACUAG